UAAAUAUGUAUUAAAUAUUAUAAUUAAAAUGGGAAACAAUUAAAAUAAUAAUAAUGCUGCUAAUCAUUAAAGUGUACAACAUCUUACCAAUGAUCCCAAUUAUCAAUAAGUGCUUCGAGAUUUAUAUUAAAACAAUCCAUAACAAAUUGUAUAGGAUUUCCCAUAAUAUCUACAAAAUCAAGAUUAACAUCCAGCAAGAUUUAAACACAAUGUCGAAGUCAAGAAAGUUGUUCCAAAACAAAAUAAUACUUACAUCAAAAAGGAUUCUUUUAAAUUAGUAUAUAUAAAAUACAUAUCAUUUCAGACUCAAAUAGAUGCUAGCACUUAUUAAAUAGAAUUUGUCUUCGAAUGUUUAGAGCCUGUGACACUUAAAAUUCAUUUGUUAGCUGUUGAAACUAUUAAUAAUGAAUUUAUUACUUAAAAAAUUACUUCCUAUUAAUCAAAGACCUACUAUUUUGAACCUGUUUCAGGAUAUAAAUUUGAUUAGUUUCAGUUUGAUAUACGAUAGAUCAAACUAGAAGAUUUAGAAUACACAAACUAAGAAAAACGAUAGUAUCCAUUGAUCAUUGAAAUGGUAUAAAUUGCAUAAUUAUUUAGGAAACUUAAGAGAAAGCAUUAUUUUAAUACUGUUUUUUCAAGUUGAAUUAGAAUGAAAUAUAAUUAUAGACACUCGAUAUUAAGAUGCAAAAGAAUGGGAAAGCCUUUAGUGUUAGAGAUGUUUAUGGGGGUUAAAAGGAUUAAGAUAAAGAUUGUGUUAUUUGUUUGAGUAACAAAGUUAAUACAUUGAUUUUACCAUGCAAACAUAUGAGUUUAUGUUAGGCUUGUUGCUAAGGGUUGAAGGAAAGAAGUUCGAAAUGUCCGAUUUGUAGAAAUAGAAUAAGCAGCUUUAGAAUAAUAAUGAGAGGACAAUGAAAAUAAUUAAUUAU